AUGUCUUCCAACGAGCAAACUUUCAUCGCUAUCAAGCCCGAUGGUGUUCAGCGCGGCCUCAUUGGCCCCAUCAUCUCGCGCUUCGAGUCAAAGGGUUUCCGCAUGGCCGCCAUCAAGCUCAGUCAGUUACCACUACCUUCUCCUGAGCACCUCGAGAAGCACUACUCUGACCUCAGCGACAAGCCUUUCUUCAGAGGUUUGAUCUCUUACAUGAACUCUGGCCCCAUCUGCGCCAUGGUUUGGGAGGGCCGUGACGCCGUCAAGACCGGCCGCACCCUUCUCGGUGCCACCAACCCCCGCGACUCCGCCCCUGGCACCAUCCGUGGCGACUUCGCCAUUGACGUCGGCCGCAACGUCUGCCACGGUUCCGACACCGUCGAGAACGCCCAGAAGGAGAUUGCUCUCUGGUUCAAGAAGGACGAGCUCAACGCCUGGAAGUCCGCCCAGAACGACUGGAUCUACGAGAAGCCUUAG